UUUUUUGACGUAUUGACGUUUCGUGUUCCGUUCCUUCGAGCUCGAUUUGUUGUUUGAUUAAUUUACUGGAAAAAUGAUCACUUCGACAUUAGUUUAGAGUUCAAAUUGCCAUUGAUUUUUAUUCCGUAACUAUUGCUGGAAAAGACAGAAGUGUUGACUAGAAAUUAUCAGAUCUUUUCACAGUCUGAAUUUUCCUUGUGAUUCAUGAAGCAGUAAUGCAUUUUCAUGUAAUAGUGUUAGAACUGAUACUUGAAGUGUAAAAUAAAAUUGUUUGACAAAGAGUGAGAAGCAAACAGUGCGAUAAAAUUCUGAGUUCGAAUAGCUAUUGCGAUGGCUGGAGACGAAGACGACAGUACAUGGCUGAUAGAGUUGGAGUCUGCCCUCCUCGAUGGUUGCUCAGCACAAGAAAUAAAUGUUCUGACCAAAGGCAAGAAGAUCCCAGAAAGCUUACGGCCUGAUGUCUGGCUUCUCUGUCUGAGAUGCCAAGAUGCAGGCAAUCAGCUGCUUUCAUUUGAUGAAAUAUUUGAUCUAAGUAAUCAAAAUGAACUCCGUGACGAUGUGAAGAAGUUCGUGAAACGACUUGGAAAUGAUGACGAUGACAAAUUGUCAGUUAUUUCUGACAUUGAAUCGAUUAUAACUUUCUACUGCAAGUCCAAAUCUAUUAACUACUCUUCAAAUAAUGGUUGGAUUGAAAUUUUACUACCAUUACUGAGUUUGAAGUUACCAAGGUCUGAUACAUACAACUUGUUUGAAAAAGUAUUACAACUGUACAUUCCGCAGGGCUGUGUUAAAAAUGGUGUGCCAUUUCACAUAUUGAGAUUGAUUCUGCAAUAUCAUGAUCCAGAACUGUGUUCCUUUUUAGACACAAAACGAAUAACUCCAGAGCAAUAUUGUCUGUCAUGGUUAAGAUCUCUAUUUUCUGGUACAUGUAGCUUGGAGGUGGUGUUAUUUAUGUGGGAUUUAUAUUUCCAAAGGUCUGAUCCUUUCUUCAUAUUUUUCCUUUGCUUGAUUAUGGUCAUCAAUGCCAGGGAACAGUUAUUGCAAAUGAAGAAUGAAGAUAAAGAUGCUAUUAUUCAAACUUUAAUUCAAAUGCCUUCUGAUCUUGAAGCUAAUGAUGUGUCUGACUUUUGUUCACUUGCCCAUUAUUAUUCACUUAAGACUCCGCUAUCAUUCCGUGAAGAUGUUUUGGAAGUCUUGUUUUCUGAGACUGGAGUUGAAAUUAAUUCAAAACUGUAUUCUCAAGCCCUAUGUCUUCCUGUAGCUGUACAUGAAUUGAUUGAAAGUGCUACAUUAGAUUCUGGAAACGGCAAUGAUAGUGUGAAGUUCUUUUUGGUUGAUUGUCGCCCUGCUGAGCAAUAUAAUGCUGGUCAUCUGUCAACAGCAUUUCACCUUGACUGUAAUUUGAUGUUACAAGAGCCCUCAGCAUUCAACACAGCAGUUCAAGGUUUGUUGAAUGCUCAGAGGCAAGCUCUGGCUGCUGGAUCCUUGGCCGCUGGAGAACACCUCUGCUUUGUUGGCUCUGGUAGAACUGAGGAAGACAGUUAUGCUCACAUGGUGGUAGCAUCCUUCUUAAAAAGAAAUACCAAACAUGUUUCUAUGCUAGAAGGAGGUUUUGUUGCAAUCCAUGACUACUUUGGUCCACAUAUGACUGAUUGCUUGGAGGAGCACAACCCAUCUACUUGUUUAGUCUGUGCACCUAAUAAUAACAAUGAUGGUGCAGAUAUACACCAAAGUAAGGUGAGAGAUAAUAUACCAGCAAAACAGUUAUUUAGCAAGUUGUCAUCUGCAAUGAAAGCCAAGAGCCAAGAAGUGAGAGGUAAGUUAAUUGAAUAUAUUGUGAAUCCAAAUUCCACAUAUAACAGUGGGGAGUGGCAUGUGUCUGCUGGAGACAGAAAGGAACAAAGAUAUAGAAAUGUCCCUCCAGUGUUUAGCAUCAAUGACGAAGACGACGAUUCAAGGUCAGACAGUCUAAGACGAGACUACACUGAUUCAGAUUCUUUAGAAGAGAUAGUUGAGUUGCAAUCCUUCCUGAAGGAGCAUAAUGUCGUUGACAAUUUCCCCUGUCAGGAAGUUCUGCUUAAUGGCUACAUGCAUGAUUCUUACUUAGUAGUUACUGAAACACAUUUGAUUGUUUUGCGUGACAUUCCGAACAAGCGAGGUGCUGCGAAAGUUAUGUCUAGAAGACCUUUGUCCACUAUUGUUAAAAUCACUGCUAAAAAGAGGCACCCUGAAUUAAUUACUUUCAAGUAUGGUAUACCAGAUGGGGACAAUCUCUUGAUAAAAGACAUGGACCGCUUCCUUAUUCCAAAUGCUUCCAUCGCCACGAAAGUAGUUUCUAAUCAAAUAGUUCAACAGUUGGAUAGCAAAGCUUAACUAAUAAAUAACUAACUCCAAGCGAAUUCUUAAUUAAAUAAAAAUAUAUGCAGAACAUAGAAGUUAAUAAAAAUAUGCAAUUUCUAGAACAAUAAAGUUAUUCGCUAUUAUUUAAUAAUACUGGCUGCUGCUGUGCUGUGUAGAGCAAUUGUGGCUAAAACCUUGAAUUUGUAGUUCAUUGUGUUUUACCUUAAACUACAUAAUUUAUAGGUACUUGUACCUAUUACUUAUACUAAACGUUUGUAAGUAUCUACUACAACUAGCGUUAAAAAAUACUAAUUGGAAUUGUAUCGUCCGUCAUAGAACGAUGAACAAGACGAAGUCAAUUGAUACCUACACAUUUUUUUUUCAAUCUCCAAAAAUCGAUAAAUUGAGUGAUUUACGGCCUGAACUUUUUGACCCAUAUUUCGCAAAUCAUUUUAUAAAAACCUUGCGAUACUUUCUGGUUAAAUGGUUUUUUUUUAUUUCGUUAAUAUUCUUAUUAUUUUUUGUUAAGGAAUAUAAACUUCAUCAGUCACUAAAAAUAAAUUGUAUCGCCAUACCCCGACUAAGCUUCUUUAUUUCGUCAAUUGAUCAGAUUAGCUUAUGUUGAUGUAUAAUGCAGCUAUGUAGCCAACAGUUUAAUACCUAAUGAAAUGUAGGUAUUUAAUGAAAUACUUUUCACCUGUAAUAAUUAUCUAUAACGUGCUAGCUACAGCAUUCAUAACUGCUUUAAUAUUGUCUUCCUUCAAUUCAAUCACAUCGUUUAGAUAAAAAGUUUAACUAAGUAAAAAGCAAUAAGUGUUUUUCUUAAAGGUCUUCGAUAUCUUUCCACAAAACUAAAUGACGACCUAUGUGUCUAAUAUUAUAAAUAUUAACUUUUUGCACAUCCAGGAUAAACCUCGAUUGAUUCGUUAACGAACAUAAUGCCUUUUGUCAAUUAUGUUACCGUCGUUUUCCUAGAAUUGCCUAUUUUUAGUUUUAUAUAUUUAAGUAUAUGAAAAUGUGAUAAAUAGAUUAGUAUAUGUAUAAACAAACACAGACGUUAAACUAUUGACUAAUUAUUUAAAAAUAUGUGCAACAGAUUCUAAGCUGAACGGUACCUAACAUAGCAAAUAAUUACUUUGAAGGCUAAUAUGUACCUAAUCACGAUACCUUUAUAGUUUAUACUAAGCGGAUAAUCUUUACAUUUCCUCGCGUCUAAUUAAUAGGUGUCACUAACACACAUUUUAUACUCGUGUCUUGGGUCUUUGCUAAGUUCUUCCAAAAACGAUGUAACGGUUUAAAUAGAACAAUGAAAAUUAUCGUAAUUUUCUUCUUUUCCUAUCACCUUGAUGAAGUAUCCUCUGAUAUGAUAAAGUACCAGGCCAUCACUGUCAUCCACUUUCCUAAAUAAUUUGAAGUCGACGCAGCAUGGUUCUGCCUUUCUAUAUAUAGAUCUCUAUUACAAAGACAGUGUGACAAAGUUUGCGUUGCAAAAAUACCUGAAGAUUAACUACUAUUACUAGUAUCAUAGUUAUGUACGAUAAAAUAUUCUUCUAAGUCAUUAUUUCAUUAUCUUUGUCGAUAGCAUUCGUCUAUUAUAAUUAGAAUUGUGAAGAGUUGGCAAGCCACUAAAGGGAUAGGUUUUGUCAAGAGAAGGAUGCUGCUCGUAAACAUUUUUAUAAUGGAGAAAGAACGCAUAGUCUUAAUAACUAAGAAUAUUAAAUUAAUAGAAGUAUUUUUUUUAUUAUGCACUUAAAUAAUAUUUCGUCACGUUUAAGUACCCGUACUUAAAUGCAAAACUUGCACUUAUGUAGUCUUAGAUUUUGUAAAAAAAUUGUUAAUCAGUCGCAAAAUAGUUUUGCUAAGCAAAACACAGUCAAAAAGAGUAACAACACUUUGGAUAUAGUAAAAAAACAGCUAUCUACUUUUUCUGUUGCAAAGUUGCAAGGCAAAACUGUUGACGGCGACUGGGAUAAGUGUAGGUUGAAAAAUAUAAAAUCAUGUAGGUAUUCCUAAUAACAGGCGAUAAUCACCAUGUAAUUCUGUGUUAUAGAUGUUCUAUUUUAUCUAAUGUUUAAACUAUUCUUAAAUUAUUUGUAUAUUUAGUUGUUAUUUAAAUAAAGAGGUAUAUUACAAGACUA